CUGGGAUUGGUGCGCCCGCCGCCAGGAGGCGGGCACAGGGCCGGGCAGCUGCUGACGCUCGCGCGGCCAGAAAAGCCCCGCCAGGUGGCUGGCUAGGGGACUGACCGCGCGGUCAGGAGGUGGCUGCGCGGGGCCAAGCGUAGAGCCGGAGGCCGGAGCCGGCCCCGCCCGAGGGACCCCGUCCGGGCACCGAGGAGGUUGUCAGUCCCGGCUUGUCUUCCAGACCAGGAUCACCCAGGUUCCUGGACGACGAGGAACCGCCCAUCAUGGCAUCGGAGAGUGGGAAGCUAUGGGGUGGCCGGUUUGUGGGCACAGUGGACCCCAUCAUGGAGAAGUUCAACUCAUCCAUUGCCUACGACCGGCACCUGUGGGAGGUGGACGUGCAGGGCAGCAAGGCCUACAGCCGGGGCCUGGAGAAGGCGGGGCUCCUCACCAAGGCUGAGAUGGACCAGAUACUCCGUGGACUGGACAAGGUGGCUGAGGAGUGGGCUCAGGGCACCUUCAAGCUAAACCCCAAUGAUGAAGAUAUUCACACAGCCAACGAGCGGCGUCUGAAGGAGCUCAUCGGUGAAACCGCAGGGAAGCUACACACGGGCCGAAGUCGGAAUGACCAGGUGGUCACAGACCUCAGGCUGUGGAUGCGGCAGAACUGCUCUAAACUUUCUGCCCUCCUCCGGGAGCUCAUCAGAACUAUGGUGGACCGGGCAGAGGCGGAACGUGACGUCCUCUUCCCAGGGUAUACACACCUGCAAAGGGCUCAGCCCAUCCGCUGGAGCCACUGGAUCCUGAGCCAUGCCGUGGCGCUGACCAGAGACUCUGAGAGGCUGUUGGAGGUACAGAAGCGGGUCAACGUCCUGCCCCUGGGGAGCGGGGCCAUUGCAGGCAACCCUCUGGGUGUGGACCGGGAGCUGCUCCGAGCAGAAUUGAACUUUGGGGCCAUCACCCUCAACAGCAUGGAUGCCACCAGUGAGCGCGACUUCGUGGCUGAGUUCCUGUUCUGGGCUUCGCUGUGCAUGACCCACCUCAGCAGGAUGGCUGAGGAUCUCAUCCUCUAUGGCACUAAGGAAUUCAGCUUUGUGCAGCUCUCAGAUGCCUACAGCACCGGAAGCAGCCUGAUGCCCCAGAAGAAAAACCCAGACAGCCUGGAGCUGAUCCGGAGCAAGGCGGGGCGAGUGUUUGGCCGGUGUGCUGGACUCCUGAUGACACUCAAGGGCCUUCCGAGCACCUACAACAAGGACUUACAGGAGGACAAGGAAGCUGUAUUUGAAGUGUCAGACACCAUGAGUGCCGUCCUCCAGGUGGCCACGGGCGUCAUCUCUACACUGCAGAUUCACCGUGACAACAUGGCACGGGCUCUUAGUCCUGACAUGCUGGCCACUGACCUCGCGUACUACCUGGUCCGCAAAGGGAUGCCAUUCCGCCAGGCCCAUGAGGCCUCCGGGAAAGCUGUGUUCAUGGCCGAGACCAAGGGGGUCGCCCUCAACCAGCUGUCACUGAAGGAUCUACAGACCAUCAGCCCCCUGUUCUCGGGCGACGUGAGCCGCGUGUGGGACUACAGCCACAGCGUGGAGCAGUACGCCGCCCUGGGUGGCACGGCGCACUCCAGUGUCGACUGGCAGAUCGGCCAGGUGCGAGCGCUGCUGCGGGCCCAGCAGGCCUAGAGCCUUCUCCACCCCGCUCCCAAAUAAAGCAGGCCCAAGAGGA